AUACUACCGCACUCGCCCGGCAUUUGCAUCCGGAGCGCCCUGAACUUGGGCAGGGAGCGAGCAGGGAGCGACGUCGAAGAUGCACGGGCAGCUCUUAAUUCACGCUCUCUGCUGGUGGGCCAUCGCGCGCGGCCAGAAAGAAGCGCCCGGGGAGGGGCCCAAUCGGCGGAAUGCCCACGCGCCCCCGGAGGUGGCAGCCCCUGAGCCGCAUUGGGGCCGCAACGCGGACAUCCGCGCGAACCUGCCCUUCCUGCACCGGCGCGGCCCCGCGAAGAAGAAGCAGGGGCCCGCGGCGGCGGGGGGCCGCGGCGAGGGGCCGGCGCGGAGGGCGCCCGCGCGGCCGCACGUGGCGCGCCUGGACAAGCGCGACGCGGACCGCGUGCCCGCGUGGCCGCGCGCGAAGAAGGCCCCCCGGCGCGGGCCCGGGAAGGCGCCCCUCCACGGGCCCGGGAAGAAGCGCGCGCGGCCCCUCAAAGGGCCCGGGAAGGCGCCCCUUCACGGGCCCGGGAAGAAGCGCGCGCCGCCCCUCAAAGGGCCCGGGAAGGCGCCCCUCCACGGGAAGCCGCCCGGGAAGGCGCCCGCGAAGCCGCCGGCGCCGGCGCUCGACAAGGAGCGGCUCCGCGAGAAGAUGCGGGCGCGGAAGAAAAACGAAGCAGGGCCGGCGCCGCGGAGCGACGGCCAGUGCGCCUGCGAGUGCGAGGCCGCGAGCAUCCCGAGCUACGUGGGCGACGGCUGGUGCGACGCCGAGAACAACCUGGCGCCCUGCUACGACGGCGGCGACUGCUGCGCGGAGACGUGCAACCCCGACGCCUACUUCACGUGCGGCAUCGCGGGCUACUCCUGCGACGACCCGAACGCGGCGGCGUGCGCCUCGCGGUCGGGCUACGCGUGCGAGUCCGUCUUCGGCGAGGCGACGUGGGCGCCGUGGACCUACUACUACGGCGGCUACGAGCCCUCGCCGGGGCCCGUGACGGACGACGCGCCGCCGGUGCCGGCGCCGGCGCCGGGGCCCGCGACGAUGACGCCCAGUUACUACUACUACGGCGGCGGCUGGCGCGACGACAACAACACGGUGGCCGACUGCGUCGACGGGGACGACUGCUCGGCCUACUGGGUCGGCGACGGCGUCUGCGACGGCGUGGACCAGGCGUACGGCUGCGACUUGACGUGCUACGAGAACGACGGAGGGGACUGCGACACUCCGGCCUUUACGGACUGGGGAUUUCAGCAGGGGUGGUGCUCCAGCGAGCUCGACGAAUACGUGGGCAGCGUUUAUAGUAUCGAGGAAUGUUGGGGCCUGUGCGAAGACACGUACGGCAGCGAGCUCGUGGCCGUCAACCGGGACCAGAACAAUUACUGCUACUGCCAGCACGACUGCCAGUGCCUCGACGAGGGCCACGGCGGCGGCUACUACGUCGCGACGAGCGACGCGAUCCCCGAGCUGCCCGGCCCGUGCGGCGGCGGCGGCGGCGGCGGCGACGACGACAGCAGCUCGCUGGCCGACUGCGCCGCCGACGGGGACGACUGCCCGGCCUACUGGGUCGGCGACGGUGUCUGCGACGGCGUGGACCAAUGGGACGGCUGCGACCUGUCCUGCUACGAUCAGGACGGCGGCGACUGCUGCGACGGCUACGCGUGCACCGCUGACGACGACUGGGGCACCUGGGACGACGGCGACGACGCGUCGUACGGGGGGGGCUCUGUCGACGACUGCUCGGGCGACGGCGACUCGUGCCCCGAGACCUGGAUCGGCGACGGCCUCUGCGACGGCCUGGACCAGGCGUACGACUGCGACCUGUCCUGCUACGAGCGCGACGGUGGGGACUGCUGCGACGGCUACGCGUGCGCCGCUGACGACGACUACGGCUACGGCUACGGCGGGUCCUGGACGCCCCAGUUCUCCUACAGCUACGAGGGCGCGUGCCCGGCGUCGUGCUACGGGAGCUCCUGCGACGUCUGGACCAUGUACGGCUACACCUGCGCGAGCCUCGAGGGCGAUUACGACUGCGACUGCUCGGGCUGCGCGUGCGAGGAGUUUGAUUUUGAUUGGGGGUACGGCUACGGGUCCAACGGAGACGAUUAUGCGGGAGACUGCGCGGACGCCAACGGCUACGACUGCUGCGCCGCCGCCAUCCCGAGCUACGUGGGCGACGGCUGGUGCGACGCCGAGAACAACGAGUCCCCGUGCUUCGACGGGGGGGACUGCUGCGAGUCGACGUGCGUCACCAACGCUUACGAGUGCGGCUUCAACGGCUACGCGUGCCGCGACCCCAGCACCUACGACUGCGACGCGGCGGCGGACGCGGCGAGCGUCGGCGACGGCACGUGCGACGCCGCGAACAACGUGGACCCGUGCUACGACGGCGGCGACUGCUGCGCCGAGACGUGCGUCGGGAGCGCGUGCGGCAAUUAUCAGUGCGCGGACGUCGCCAUCCUCUCGCAGCAGUGCGACGAGGCCAUGGCCUGCAGCGCGUGCGGGACGGGCUGCUCGUGGUGCGCCGCGGACCUCGUCUGCGCGGCGUCGAGCGACCUGCCGACCCUGGAGGAGCUCCAAUGGUCGGCGCCGGCGGCCACGUGCGACGCGACGCGGGCCGACUACUCCGACACGGGGGCGUCGUGCCCGGCGCGCGACGACCCGGUGGAGGACCCCUACUACGAGGCCGCCGCCUGGUAUUUGGAAGCGAUCCGCGCGCCCGAGGCCUGGGCCGCGGGCUACACGGGCGCGGGCGUCCAGAUUUUGGUGAACGACAACGGCGUCGACAACACGCACCCCGACCUGGCGAAGCUCGACGUCGCGAACUCCUGCGACGUCUACGCGCCCUCCGGCUGGGACGCGCACGGCACGGUCUGCGCGUCGCUGGCGGCCGGCGACGCGAACUCGCACUGCGGCGUCGGCGCCGCGCCGGGCGCCGGCAUCGCGUCGUGCACGAUGAUGGGCGCCAACUUAGCCUCGGAGUACUACGACGGGAGCUUCAUCUCGCACCACCACGACGUCAACGACAUCUCCUCCAACAGCUGGGGCUACGACCUCUGCGAGCGCCAUUCGUACUCGGCGAGCUGCCCGUUCUCGUGCCCCUCGGGCACGUCGUCCUGCCCCUGCGACGUGUGCGACGGAGACGACUGGUCCAGUGGUGAUCUCUCGUCGUCCUGCGAGGCCGCGGUCGUGAGCUACUGCUCGUACUACUUCAACAACGACGUGACGCCCUGUUUGGAACUGGACCACUACUUCGUCCAGUGCGGCUACAGCCAGCUCUCGACCGCGGCGCACGACAAGCUCGUCGAGGGCACGACGGCGGGCCGCGGGGGUCUAGGUAUGGUCUUUGUCUUCGCGGCGGGCAACUCGUACGACGUCGGCCAGGACGUGAACUACGAGGGCUACCAGAACUCCCGGUUCACGAUGAGCGUCGGCGCGCUCGGCCAAGACCUCAAGCACGCGUCUUACUCGUCGACCGGCGCGCCGGUCUUCAUCAGCGCGCCCGGCGGCGACUCGGAGAACUACCACGGCAUGCUCGCCGCGCAGCCGCUCUCCCACGGCCUCACCGAUAAUUGUGGCGACGCCGGCAUGGGCACGUCCUACGCGGCCCCGCUCGUCUCCGGCGUCGUGGCGAUGGUCCUCGAGGCGAAUCCCAAUUUGACGUGGAGGGACGUGCAAGGCGUGCUGGCCUCGACGGCGACGCGGCCCCACGAGGACGCCGAGGACCAGUGGACCACGAACCAGGCCGGCGUCAAGCACAGCUACAAGUACGGGUUCGGGCUCGUCGACGCGCUGGCCGCCACCGCGGCGGCGACGACCUGGACGACCUGGGGCGCGGAGUUGACGCUCAUGACGCAGACAGUGAGCGGCGAGGCCCUGGUCGACUUCGACGGCGCCGAGCACUGGGUCGAGUCGGAGGCGGCGGCGUUCGGCUCGUCGGAAUUUGUGAUAGAGGGCGUCGCGGUCUACGUGACCAUCAAGCAUCCCAGGCGAGGCGACCUGCGGAUCGAAUUGGAGAGGAACGGCGUGACCUCGCUGCUCACGGACGACAAGCUCGAGUUCGGCACGCGCUACACGCACCACAAGUAUACCACCCUGAGACACUGGGGCGAGCGCGCGGACGAGGGCGCGUUCACGCUCCGCGUGGCGGACCGGAGAGCGGGGAGCGGCGACGACGACGACCUCGGGUCGAACUACUGGGCCGAGUACUACGCCGACGACGACGGCGACGACGACGGCCUCCUGGUGUCGUGGACGCUCCAGCUCUACGGCCACGACGGCGACCCGACGACGCAGGAGACGCCGCAGCCGACGCUAAGCCCGCCCACGAUCACGCGGUGGGGCAGCGGCCAGGGCUGGUGCUACUCGGACCUCGACUACUACAUCGGCGGGUACAGCGGCGACGAGUGCUGGCGUGAAUGCGAGGCGAUCUACGGCGCCUCCCUCGUGGCCGUCAACUGGGACACGGUUGGGGGGGAGGCCAGUUGCUCCUGCCAGAACGACUGCCAAUGCAUGUUGCCUGUGGGCGACGCCGGUUUCCUCGCGACAGUGGAGGCGGUCGCGGAGCUCCCGGGCGCGUGCGACGACUCGGUCGACUCCGAGAGUGAAAACCAGGGCGGCACCGACGUGGCGGACUGCUCGGGCGACGGCGACGCGUGCCCCGAGGCCUGGGUCGGCGACGGGUACUGCGACGGCGCGGACCAGGUGUACGACUGCGAUUUGACCUGCUACGACAACGACGGCGGCGACUGCGAGCCCCCGCCGACGGCCUGGGAGCCGGGCGCGGGCUGGUGCGCCUCGGAGCUCGACGCGAGCGUCGGCACGACGGUGAGCGCCCAGGCGUGCUGGGACAAGUGCGUGGACACGCACGGCGCGGACGUCGUCAAGGCGGUCGACUGGUGGAGCGGCGAGUGCUGGUGCCAGGACGAUUGUCAGUGCAUGGAGGACCAGGGCGACGAGGACAUCCACCUCGUGACGUCGAGCGACAUCGCGGCGCUCCCGGACCGCUGCGUCGGCCCGUGCCCCGACGAAGAAGCGGCCUACCACACGUGCAUGAACGAGAACGACAGCGCGCGGGGGGACGACGACGGCGACGACGGAGAUGAUGGAGACGACGACGCCGGGAGCCUCAGCACCUGCGCGGACGUGCAGGCCUGGUUCCCGGACCAGUGCGAGCUGUUCGGCCUCUGGCAGUGCCGGGAGCCGUGGUUCGCCUACGUCGAGUGCCACUACGAGGCCCUGGCCGCGUCGGAACUCGGCCUCGCCUGCGACCUCGACUGCCGGCCGCCGUCGCCCCAGCCGACCGCGAGCCCGACGCUGUCGCCGACGCCGGCGCCCUUCAUUGUGGGCGAGGUCACCUUCGACGGUCUCGACGAGGCCGACGCCGAGGCGCACGAGGACGUCAUCGUCGAUGCCAUCGCCGAGGUCGCCGGCGUGUGCCCGGUGUCGCAGGACGAGCUCCACAACGCGACGGCCAUCGCCGCGCGCUGCCCGCCGGGCGCGACGCCGGCGGUCGUGACGAUCCGCGUCUCGUCGUCGUCGUCGCGGCGCCGCCUCGACGGCGAGGUCGUCGUCGAGUACGAGGUCGAGGCGGUCGACGUCGCGGCGAUCUCGAACGUCGAGUCGGCGCUGGCCAAGGCCGAGGAGGACACGACGCUCGUGGACGAGGCGCUCGAGGACGCCGCCAAGGCCGCGACCCUCGAGGCGGCCCAGACCGGCGGCGACACGUCCGUGGCCCAGGCCUUCGCCUCGGUCGCGACGACGCAGCUCCACAGCGAGGUCGUGGCGCCGAGCCCCGCGCCCACGGCCGUGCCGACGCUCGCGCCGACCGUGUCGCCGACCACCGUCGAGUACCGCAAGAAGCAGCAGCGCAAGGAGCUCGUCCGCAACGUCGGUAUUCUGACCGGCAUCAUAGUCGCGGCCAUCGUCGCCGGCUGCGCCACGGUCGCCCUCUGCGCGUUCGCCGUGGGGAAGGGCCCCUGCAAGAAGACGAAGAAGACCACGAUGGCGCCGGUCGAGGGGGUCCCGGCGAACACCCCCGCGCUCUUCGAGGCGCAGAAAAAGAAGCCCUUCUGGGUGCUGCCGGGGACUCCUCGACGCGCAGAAAAGGCCUGGAGGCCGGAGUCCCCGGGUCCGCCGCCCCUGGCGCCGAUCCCUGGGGCGACGGAGACGCCGGCGGAGGAGCCCUGA